GAGAGGCUGGGACACAGGCGAUGCUGAUGAUCUCCGUGGGCACCCAGACUUCAGGUGAGCUUGAGACCCUGGGGAAUUCUGAAGAUGACCCCAACGAGAACAGAAAGAAGACUCGUGUCCAGAAAAUCAUCUUGCUUGUCUUCUCUCUGGUGUUUAUAGUGACAGUGGGAGUGGCCAUACCUUUAAUAGUGCUAAACGAGAAGUCUCUCACAGUCUCUUUCCUAUGCCCGGACAAGUGGAUCAGACACCUGGGAGAAUGCUUCUACUUCUCUGACAAAACAGCCAGCUGGGAAGAAAGCCAGAGGUUCUGUGUCUCCAAGGGAGCCACCCUCGCGGUCUUCGACAGCCUCCUAACACUGAACUUCCUCCAGUCGCAUGCACAUUUUUCUCAGUACUGGAUUGGCCUGAGGCGGGAGCCAGGAUGCAUGUGGCGCUGGGUGGACGGAACUCUACCCCCUGACUGGCUUAAGGUGACUGGGUUUGGAAUAUACGCAUACCUGCACCGAACUGGAGUGGACCCUGCCCUUUUUCACCACAAAAAAUGGAUUUGCAGCAAAUCAACCUGGGCCCUUCCAAGGAGUAAACCCACUGCAACGGGGGACGGGUGCAGCCUGCAUCCUAUACAGCCUUGCUCCCCGUGUGGAAAAUAUAUAUUAAAUUAAUAUACAUUGGUGGGAAAUACAUGGGAACAUAACACGAAUAUUAACAUGUAGGCAAGGGUAUGACAUUCAUACAGAAAUGUGUUUGCUGUUGUUUCCCAUCAAUUCUUGGAAUUCAAGAUGACUGUCAUAUACACAUGUGUGCAUCAUACGCAUUCUAUAUGGAAUGUAUGUAAGCACACAGCGUACGCGGGAGUGUGUGUGUGUACCAUAUGUCACAUGGAAAUGAGAAUACUGGGUCUUGUUCCCACAGCCAUGUUGGCGCCUUGCUGGGUGGAGGUAGCUUUUCACCCCGCUCUGAGAAGCCCAGAGGUGAGACUGGCCAUUCUUUGAAUUGCAAAUGUCCUGCUAUUUAGCUCCAGGAAAGCUUUGCUUCCGAGAAGGCUCUUCCUUGAUUUUCCUUAAAUGGUCUGAUCUGCUUGUAUUUCCCUAUUUAGUUUUCUUUGCUGGCCCUUGAGUAUUUCCCCUCUA